AUGAAUUUAACAAAAAUAUUUUUGCGAUUUUAUCCACCAGGUAAAUAUAUAAAACUAAAACCAUUUAAAACUUAUUUUAAAAACAAAAUUUACCAAGGAAUUGCCUUAAAUUAUCAAACAAAUGAAGGAGAAGAAUAUUUACAACAUAUAGACUUAUUGGAUUUGAAUAUAAAUUCCAAACCAGCUGAUGUGGCACGUAGCAUUUUAUCUGGAGACCAUAAUAAAAAUCAACAACUACAACAACAACAACUAACAGAAAUAUGUGAGGAGUUAACUAAACGGAAUAUAUUACAAGCAAACUCAACUUUAUCAUCAUCAAACACGACAUCUGACAUCCCAGUCGAAGCAUCAGUAGUAACAAGAAAAAACAACAUUACUGAUAAUAAUAAAAAUGGGUAUAAUGACAAUGACAAUGUCAAUAACAUCUUAAGAAAAGCAAUUGCUAAGCUGCAACGUAAACUGCAGGAACCAACAAAAAAGAAAUUCUAUCUGCACACGCGCCUAGAGACACACAUCCUGCCACUUACUAAUGUAGCCUUCGAUAGAAGUGGUGAACAUUGUCUGACCGGAAGCUAUGACAGAACGUGUCGCAUCAUCAACACGCACAAUGGCACCGAAGAACAUGUGCUUGGGGAGCAUGAUAAUGUUGUGUUCGCAGUUACUUACAAUUUUCCUAAAUGUGAUCGCGUAGCUACUGGUUCCUUUGAUACAACCGUUAAAAUCUGGUGUGCUUCAUCGGGUCUAUGUCGCAGUACCCUAAUUGGACAUACAGCUGAAGUAGUCUCGGUACAAUUUCAGCCUAUAAAUGGCGAAACUGUUUGUACCUCAUCUAUGGAUGGUACAGCUCGAAUUUUUCACAUAGAAUCAGCACAAGAAUUACAAAUAUUAAGGCAUCAUGGUGCUGAAGUUAUUAAUAGUCAAUUCAGCAGAGAUGGUAAUCUACUGUUAAUGGGAUCAUUUGAUCGAACAGCUUCCAUAUGGGAUAUAAGAUCGAAAAGUUUAGUGGCUCAACUACGAGGUCAUACGGCAGAACUUAGUUCUUGUUUGUGGAAUUUUUCUUGCGACUUAAUUGCUACUGGUUCUUUGGACAGUACAGCUUGUGUUUGGGACUUGAGGAAGCCAACAGAAUCUUUAUUUGCUAUUAAAGACCAUACAGACGAAGUAUUGGAUGUAACAUUUGAUAGUACGGGCCGUCGUUUGGCUACCGCCAGCAAUGAUUGCACGGCACGUGUUUGGAGUUUAAAAGGUGAUUUGGAAUUGUUAUCGGUUAUGAUGGGUCAUACAGAGGAGGUGUCAAAGGUGUGUUUUAGUCCUCCUGGUGGUCUAUUGCUAACCGCAUCAGCCGAUCAUACUGCACGCUUAUGGCUAACUGACUCUGGUUUAUGUUCACAAGUCUUAGCCGGUCAUGAGAGUGAUGUAUUCUCUUGUGCCUUUAGUUAUGCCGGAGAUGUGGUAUUAACCGCUUCCAAAGAUAAUACAUGUCGUUUAUGGAGAUGAUAUGAUUGGUAUACAGUAGACAUGUUUAAUGAGUAAAUGAUGAAAUGUAGAUGUUGAUGUUGAUUAGUGUGAAAUGAGUAAAAUAAUUCUUACCUUUUUCUAAACGUUUGCUGUUGUUAUUAUCUACAGGAAUUUAAAAAGAGUGGUUUUCAACAUUUACUACAAACUCGAGCAUAUAUUUUUUUUUAUAAUCGGUUUUUUACUUCUCCUUUUUUUAUAAUUUACAAAUAGGUUUCUUUUGUUUUGUUUUUUUUUUUUUUCUUUAGCUUAGGUUUUGGAAAAAAAGUGUAAAAUUAUUUUUCACCUUCAAUUAAGUUGUUCUCUUACUAUUUUGUAGGAAUAUAAGUUGUGGUUUUAAUAAGGCUUACAAUUAAUAGAAAUUAAUUAAUCUUUUGAGAAAAACAGGAAAAAUUGAACCAUUAUUAAUAAAAAAACAAAGUUAACAGACAUUUAAAA